GUGAACGAAGAAGAAUCCUGCCAGGAUAACAAAGGACAGUAACAAGAAGACAUUAAGGUUUGUUUGAGAAAGAUCAUCAUAUUCAUACCUUCCAAACUAACAAGAAGGUAAUCUUUGCCUAUUUGAUUCUGUUGAAUCAAAAGUUAUAAAUGUUGUCACAUUUCUGAUGACCCAUUUGCAGAAACUUAGAUUGCCAUCCCUUCUCAAACGGGUUUCAGUUAAUAUCAGCCUUAAAUCACAAGAAUCAAAUGUACUGUCGAAUGAGUCUUACGACAUUACAGGAAGAAGUAGGUUAUACAGAAGGAAAAGAAAUACAUCUAUUGACAGUGCUCUCAAAGUUUCUCGCGCUACAAAAGAAGCCCAAACCGCUUUAAUAGAAUAUCUUCACUGUACUAGAAGCUUCCCGUUUACAGAUGCAGAGUAUAUUAGUCGUCAUUCACCUCUUUUCCUCCAAGAAUUGUUGAAAAGGGUAAAUAUUGAACAGGGUAUCAGACGUUCUAUUACCAGGUUCUUACGAUAUAACCCCAUCAAUGAAUUUGAACCUUUCUUUGAGAGCAUGGGUUUGAGCCCUUACGAAUACUCUUCCUUUCUUCCUCGGGACUUGAUGUAUCUUGAUGAUAAUCAGACCUUACUGCAAAAUUACACUGUCUUAUGUAACUACGGUUUUCCGCGUGGCAUGUUGGGAAGGAUAUACAAGGAGGCAGCGGAUGUAUUUAGAUAUGGUAAUGGUCUGCUUCAGUCAAAGCUUCAAACAUUAGAAGAAAUGGGGAUAAACAAGGAUAUCAUCGUGAAUAUUGUCUGCUCAAGUCCAUAUCUCUUGACUGGUGAUCAGGAUAGGUAUUUUCUCAAGAUGUUUGAUAAGUUAAAGAGUAUUAAGCUAGAAGAUGAUUGGAUUUCAAAACAUUUAAUUAAGAAUGUUGUAUACAGAUGGAACCAAUUGUUUGAGCUUUUAAACCUACUCAGCAGUAUUAUUGGCUCUGACGAGCAACUAAGAAUACUCAUAUGUCAGCAUCCUACGCUUCUUUUCGCUUCAGGAAAUACAAGUUACUCACUGAUUACUUUCUUUUUGAAAUUCGGAUGGACCAGAAAGGAUUUUUUAUCGUUCUUUUUGCUCUUUCCACAAAUCCAGCUUGCGAAAUUCGUUAGUAACUUGAAAAGAAGUCAUCGGUUUCUAGUUGAAAUAGAUAUGGAUGCUCAAGGAAUAGGUAAGCUGAUCUGCACAAAUCCUCUGUUGCUUGGUUCAUGUAACUUAAAGAGGGCUAGCAGUGUUCUUGGAAGUCUUCAAACAGGGAAGAAGAGAAUCUGUGAUAUCAUCAAGGAGAAUCCUCUGAUACUGAAAGACUGGGAACUAGGGUUAAGGGUUCAACCGUUGCCUAGUCUAAAUGAAAACUCUUACAUGAUGAAGACAAAGUUCUUACGGGACUUGGGAUUUGUUAAGGACUCUAAUGAAAUUAGAAAAGCUCUCAAGAGAUUCAGAGGAAGUGGAAUGAAACUCCAGGAAAGAUUUGAUUGUCUCGUCAAGACCGGUAUAAGUAGGGAAGAUGUUUUGAAAAUGAUCAAGAUAGCUCCUCAAAUUCUUAAUCAAUCAAAAGAUGUGAUUGAAAUUAAGAUUGACUUUCUUGUUAAUGGUAUGGGUUAUCCCUUAUCGUCUUUGGUUAGCUUUCCAGCAUAUAUUAGCUACAAUGUUCAACGAGUCAAGCUUAGGUUAUCCAUGUAUAGUUGGCUUAGAUGUCAAGGAUUGGUAGAGCCUAACUUGUCAUUGUGCACGAUUAUUGCAAUAACCGAUGAACUAUUUAUUAGAAGGUAUGUUGAUAAAAACUCCCAAGGCCCUGAAAUUUGGAAGAAGCUGAAGGAACAAUUUUGUCCUAGCUGAGAUCAAUUCAUUAUUCAAGAGAUGUAAUUGUUUCUAUUAGUUGUGGAGAUGAGAAGGGUCAUGUAUGAUUGAAUUAUAUGCUUACCAUAAAUGGAGCCAAAAUUCUACAAUUUAAUCCAGCCAUCUUAUUGAAGAUUGGACUUCUCCGGUGAAAUUCAAAGAUUCCAGCAUACCCCCAAGCGAAUCGGGUCAGAAGAUUUUUUUUCUAGUAGUUAAUUGAGAGCUUUAGAUAGGUGUCUAUAAAACAAAUGAAGGCUGAAGCUAUAAAAAUGUGGUUGAAUUUUAAAGUUUGAUAACUAUUUUGUAUAGCAAAUCCAAAUGAAUACCUUCAGUAAAAUACUUCUUAAAGGAAUGA